AUGGCUGAUAGGUUACUGCAUGGAGGCGCGUGCCUUCGAAGAGCUCUGCAGUUCGCACCCCGCCAGAGACUAGAGAUUCGGCUUGCUUCUGCUUUUCAAACCCGUUCGUUUCAGCACUCACAGCGCAUAUUCAACUCGACGACGAUACCGACUACCGAGAAGUCGACUACAGCUCAAGACGCAAAUUCUAUAGCUGAUGCUAUCACGAAAGAUGCUCCAAAAAACCUCGAUGCACCGGCUGAUGGACCUUUAUGGAAAAAGAAGGAAAACCUUAGAAUGGAGCGGGCCGUCAACAAGGAGUUACAAUAUCUGAACAAUGACCCUUGGAAAGUUGCAGAAUAUGUCAGAAAAGCACUUGAGGCAAAGAAAUUCGAUCAAGCCCAUCUUUUGGUUCAAAAAGGCAGCAAAGAUAUGCAAUUGGUCGUGCCAUGGAAUUUCCUCUUGGAAUAUCUGCUUGACCAGCAACAAGUCAAGGCAGCAAUCAAGCUAUUCAACGAGAUGAAAAAGCGCGCUCAGUUCCCCAACGCGCAAACCUAUACAACCCUGUUCCGUGGUCUCGCCAAGUCGAACCACCCUAAAAUCGCUGUCUUUGAGGCUGUAAAGCACUACAACGCCCUUUUCAAGGACUCUCGCCUAGAACCAAACAGUACUCAUCUGAAUGCUGUGCUUAGCGUGUGCAACCGAGCGGGCGACCUGGACUCCAUGUUCUCCAUUGUCGACACUCUCAACGAGUCAACUCGAGCUCCAACUUCCUACACCUAUACUACCAUUCUCAAUGCUAUACGAUUCAACACGCUUGAUGGCUUGGAAAAAUUGACGCCUGAACAGAAGGAGUUCAAUCUCAAACAAGGUUCUCAGCGCGCCAAAGCCAUCUGGUCAGAAGUUAUGAGUAAAUGGAGGCAGGGGCGUCUGAUCAUUGACGAGGAGCUCGUCUGCUCAAUGGGUCGUAUGAUGAUCAUCUCAAGCGACACCAACGACAAGAAGGAGGUUCUUGAUCUCAUCGAACAGACAAUGAACAUACCCAACUUGUCCAAAGUCAAAGAAAUGUCAGCUGAGGAAGCUCGCAAGACAAAUCCUCGCACCGGUCAAGUGGUUAAGAAGGAUAAAAAUGGUGUUUUUGUCAGUCCUGGGAACAAUACCUUGUCUCUAAUCUUGAAGGUUGUGCUGCAGACGAAGCUCAACAGCAUGGGCAUCAAAUACUGGAAUUUCAUUCUUCGCGAAUAUAAUCUCGAGCCUGACAGGGAUUGCUGGUUGCGCCUCUUUAGUAUUCUCAAGCAAGCCAAAGCAAGCGGCCAUGCUACUGAGAUUCUGGAUAUAAUACCGGCGAGUAUCACUGGACCAAACUUCUAUCGCAUAGCUUUUGAAACAUGUGUUCGUGAUAACAUCAACCCAAACGUCAUCAAGAAUGCCAACCGCGCGCUCGACAGCAUGAUGAAUCACCUAGAGUUACCCGACGCCCAUCUCAUGCGCCUGUACCUCAACGUUUCUCAGUCUACCCACUAUCACUUGCGUGCUCGUGCUAAUGAAGGAGACGUGGCUGGUGCCAAACGUGCAUAUGGCGUCCAAAUCACCGACGCGCUUGAUCGUCUGUGGGUGCCCUACCGCAAACUACACGAUCACUACUUCAAACAAGUCAAGGCUGAGACCAAGGAACAAAAGAGGGCUCUUUACAACGAUCAACGCGAGGUAAUUGCUCUCGCACGCAUCAUGUAUGGAUCAUUCAACAAGGUCAUUCAGCAGGAAAUGCUCCCUGAGGAAGACCUCAAGAGAAUACGCCCUGUCGGGGGACGCAUCAAUCGCGAGAUUCAGGCCUUUUAUGCCAACCGGGAGGAAAUGGAACCCAACUUGCGCAAGAAGAAGGGUCGUGGCACAGCCGAGGAAGAUAUGUCCACACACGAUGAGGCCAUGAAUACGGCCAACUUUUGGGACACCACUCAAGCAGGAAAGCCCCGAUCCCCGAAGCAGACAGACCGACGGCAGUUGCAUCGUGACAACGGACCAGGUGAUGGCUACCGACGCGAAGAAAGCUCAAGGUCCGGACCAAGGCCGCCAAGGCGUGCCCCCUUCUCGUACAAUACAUACCUUACAGACAGUCAGACGCCAUCCAGAACGCAAGAACCAGAAAAUGACCUGCGCCAGCGCAAAGACGGCACGCGGCCAGUGAGGCAACCCGAUUAUGUUGGCUAUCGAGGACCCCAUCCUAGCUGGGGCGCGACUCGUGACGACAGGAAGGCCGACCGCCGUUUUGGCAACCCGCGACGUUAA